AUGUCAUUGAUUCUGUUUCCAAUACAAUUUUUAUUGUUAACCGUAUUAUUUAUACAACCCAUCACAUAUUCUCAACCGACGAAUUUACGAAAUCUCGAACUUACUGAUAUCACAUCACUCUGGAAUCAAUUUCCAUCUAUUGUAAACAAGAUCGAUGAGACUGUUAAUCGAUUCCGUUGUGCAAAAGGAUGGAAACGUGUAGGUGGUUCAUGCUAUUACCUUCCUGCAUUCACAUCGAUAUCCGCCACGGUUAACAAAUCAUGCCAUGAUGUUCAUUUCAAUCAUUCACAUCUGAUAAAAAUACAAAAUACAGUUGAACUAUUCUAUGCUGCUCAUGUUUUAUUAAAAAAUAACUUUUCGUCAUUAAUGUUAUCUGUUGAUCCAAAAUUAAUAAAACUUAAGAGAAACAAGGACCUUGCAGAAACGAUACUGAACGAUCAAGAACAAUGGAAAGCAAUGAAAGAAAAAUUGCACGGAAUACAUAAUAAAUAUGUUAAUUUAACAAAAAGAUUCGUCAAUCGUUUACGAUCAGUUGGCUUGUAUAUAUUCAGAGGUUUCAAAACACCAAAAAGAUACAAACUGAAUAAAACAAUGAAAGAUGCCGAUUUAAUUAUCGAUAAUGAAAAUGAAUAUGAAUUGAAUGCUCUUGAUUCAUCGGGCGAAAUUGAUGAGUUCGAACAAUUUCAAGAUAUUCAUGAUAUUUGUCAUCAUGUUGUUUGGAAUGCUUUAAGCGAAAAUGCCACUAUUUACAUUCUUACGACAUAUACUUUGUUCGAUAAAGUGGUUUGUUCAUUAAGUGAUAUCGAGCCCUAUACUGAACAUCAUCAUAUUUGUGAAUAUGUUCUUGAUUAUUGUUUUUCAAAUAUUGCUUGUGGUGAACAUGGACAUUGUGCUAAUACAUUGGCAGGUUUCAAAUGUUCAUGUUCAUUUUUAUAUGGUGGUCUAUUUUGUGAUACAUGGUCAAAAGAAGGAAAACAAAUCAUGAUUGGUGUUGGUUUCAUUAUAAUUUUUUAUACAUUGUCGUGGAUAUCAACUAAACAAUUUAUAGCAUCUCAAGAAGAACCAAUAAUUUUUAACCGGCGUGAUCUUGUUCGCGAUAUUUUGGUUGGUUUGAUAAGUAUAUUCAUUUUAUCGGUUAUAUUUAUUGUAAUAACAUCGAGAUAUUAUACACUGUUCAAAAUCAACUCAGCGAAUGGUGAAAAGCUAGCAAUCUCCAUCAAUACAACAAUUCGUUUAGUGCAAACAUGCCACUUUAUCAUAGACCAUCACAGAGAAAAUCUUGCGUUUUUUCCUGUUGCAUUGGCUUUAAUAUUUAGUUUUUCUUGGUGCAUCAAACGACAAAGAAGUUGUCUCAAGACGUGUGAUGGCCGACCUGGUUUGUUGUCACCGAUUGCACCAUUUUCUAUAGAAAAUCGUAUUACAUCAGCAACUGUUUUUGGAAUUAUUGUCUAUCAACUAUUGAAAAUCUUUGAAGGACUUCUUUUUGAUUUAGAACACAACUUUGAUAAUGGUGUACUCAUGGAAUUAUUGCAACGAUGUGCACUUAUUUUUAUGAUCGGAGUUCGAUAUUAUCCGGUGCUUGCUUCCCUUCAAUUGAGAAAUAUUGUUGCUCGAUUUCUCGUGUGCUUAUAUAUACUCUGUGAUAUUAUAUAUACAAUUGUACGAGAAGGAUCAUGUAUGGGCUUUCUACCACUAGGUGGCCAAUAUGCAGUUAUUGAAGAAGCAAAACUUCGAACAGAACUUGGCACAUGGUUUAUCAUCUAUGGUAUAAUUAAGAAUACUCCACAUUUCUUGUUCCUUUCAUAUAUUGGUGCUGAAUUAUGUGUGCGUUUUGCAUACGAUUCAAUCUAUGUACCAGGAAAAAAGAAGGAAUGUAUUGGGUCGCCAUCUAGUGAAAAAUCCGAUGAGCUGCAAUUUGCAAAAUAUUACGUUAGAAAAUUACUUUCCCGCAAUCGCCGUUCUCUAUCUCAAACAAAGCCGGAACAAACUAAGAAUAUUAAUCGUUUAGAUUCUCUGAAAUCAACUAUAGGAAAAUAUCUUGAUUCUAUCUACCAUUGGGACGAUGAUUUUCGUUUUACAACAAUUGCAGCUUGUACUUAUACAGUAGCAUUUACUUUUCUCUAUUAUUUGACAUGUACAUUUAUUUUCGUGUAUACAUCACGAUCAACAGGACAUAUUGAAUCUAUGAGAUCUUACAUAGAACGCUCAGUCAAUGUUGAAUUAAAGAACCCAUUCUCAUUAAAUAGGGAAAUAAUAAUAAGUACUAUAAUCACUGCAAUUUUAUUUGCACUUCAAUUAUUCGUUGGAAUGAAAAAUUAUAAAAGGCAUAAACAACAAUUAUAUAGAGGUGUAUCAAUUGAAAUUCCGCCAGCAAAUCGUUUCAAAUGCGCUUCCAUAGUAUCGGAUUCUGUACACUAUUCUGGUUUUCUUGUUGGAUAUAUGACAUGGGGUUUCGUUAUUUGUUUUCAUUUAGUACUUUUCGUAGCGAUUGGAGUACGACUAAUGGCAUUACACACUCCUGACACGGAAUUAAUACUGCCUAUAAUUGUACCUCUGGCUGUUAUGUAUCUAUUAAAAAUAUUGUUCAUGACAUCCACGGGAAAAAUUUUAUUUAUUGGAAACGGCCACAAAACUUAUUAUUUGAAAAAUAUCAGAGCUUAUGCAAUCUUUGUCUAUUUUAGCUUUUUUGCUGAUUCUUUUGCUGGUAUUGCUUCAUGUAUUACUCGACUAUUGAAAGCAACAGUGAUUAAUGCAAUAUUUAUAGCUCGUAUUGACUAUUGUUUCACUGGACAUCCAUUUGUAAACCUCGAUACUGGCUUUUCUACCUAUGCCUCAUACUUACAUGUCGAAAAACAACAUACACAUCCAGUUCUGCUUGUUUUUUGUGAUUUACUAUGGAAAUCAAUUAAGAAAUCGUCAACCGAAAACACAAAAUCACGAAAUUUAUUAACUGUCCCUGAUAGUGAAAUAAGGACGGUACAAAGAAGUCCUAUAUCUGAUGCUGAGAUCGAAUCAAAUAAGAAAGAUGAUUCUUCUACUGUUCAGAAGCAAAUAUUACUUCCAUUGACAUCCGAAAUAAUUUCUGAAAAUCAAGACGAUAAACGACCGCAACAAAUCGUAGUAGCCACUGAAAACAAACGACAAAGUUUGAAAAUCAUAAAGAAAAAAUCACAGCAAAACAAAAUUAAUGGACACAAUAACAAUGAUAGUUCAACACAAGCAAGAAUUUACAAAAACAAAGAGUUGACAACAAACAAUGGCAGAAAAGGUACUGAUAAAACUUCUAAUAAUAACAAAAUGAUAAUUCUACACAAUGAAAUAGGAGAUAAACACCGUUAUGAAACAAUUGCAAUGGAAGAACAUGAAGACAACACCACGGCUGCUCGAUUACCAACUGAUAGUCGCACAUCAAGAAACUCCUCUCAAAAAUACUUUCGAACGAUUUCAUAUAAGAAGGCUCUAGACGUUUCAUCACCAAUCGGAACAGAAGGAUCCCAGGAUUCCUCUCCAGCAUGCAAUCAUUCAACAAGUCCAUUAUUAGAAACAAUCAACACUGAACAUCUUACAUCUGAAGCCGAAAAAGAAAGAAAAAAACGAAAAAAUCUAGCUCGCAACCGAUGGCGUCUUGCUUAUACAGUGAUUUGUAAUUAUCAUUUAAUUCAUCUGAAGAAAAAACUAACCAUACCAGAUAUACCGAAGCCUUCACAACCAAAUACACCAAUCGAUGAACAAUUAAGCCGGCCACUAUCUGAAUCAUUAGAUACGGAAAACAUUAACGCCGGUGAACAUCCUCCGAGCCCAGCUGAAACAUACAUUCUAUUUUGCUUGCCAAAUUUACUUAUUAACCAAAGUCAACCUUCAAAUUCAACGACAAGCACACCUCUUUCGCUAAAAGAAAUCAUCGAUCCAUUCCUAUUUCGAGCUGUAUCAAGUUCAGAUGUGUCCACAGAUGAAGAUCCACCAACGAAUGGCACAGUCGGCAAUAUAUUGAAAUUGCGUAAACCACUCACUCAUGCUGAACAUAUGCAAGCAUGCAUUUUCACACAAUCAACAACAUGCGCUCUAUCGAACAAUUUGCAAAAUCUCGAAUACGAUGAUGUUAUAUCAUUAUGGGAUAAAUUUCCGAGCAUCAUCGACAAAAUUAAAGAGACCGUUAACCGAUUUCGUUGUCCGAAAGGAUGGAAACGUCUCGGUGGUUCAUGUUAUUACCUUCCGGAUUUAACAGCAUUACCUACUACUGCUAAUGGCACGUGUAAUUAUCUUCAUUCGAAUCUUUCAAAUAUUAUACAAGUACGAAAUGCAGUUGAAUUAUUCUAUGUUGCGCACGUUUUAACAAGAAAUGAUUUAUCCGCGUUGAUGGUUUCUGUCGAUACAAGUUUAUUUAAAGGUAAAAAUAUUGCCGAAACAUUAAUGAAUGAUCAAGGUCGAUGGGAACGAAUGAAAUCUCGAUUUUAUGAAGUACGUGUGAAAUAUAGAGCAUUAAAACAGAAAAUUGUCAAUAGACUGAGUUCGACUGGUCUACGUAUUUUAACACGUUCGAAAAAAAUAAAACCACUACCAACAAAACCGAUUCAUGACGAAAAUAAUCUGAAGCAAUAUGAUCAACAAACGAAUAGUUCAUUUUCAAAUCACACAAUUAUACCGACUGAUUUAAUUAUUAUCAAUGAUGAAGGCGGCGACGACGAUGAAUAUGAAUAUGAUGAUCUUGAUUCAUUAGAUGAAAGUGAUGAAUUCGAACAAAUUCAAGAUAUUCGUGGUAUUUGUGAUCAAAUUGCCUGGAAUGCUCUCGAUGACAAUUCAACAACGUUUAUUCUUACAACCUAUAUUGUGUCAGAUAAAAUAAUUUGUUCAUUGAGUGACGUUGAACCUGAUCAUGAAUAUCCUAUUCUCUGUGAAUAUGUUCUUGAUUUUUGUUUUGCAAAUAUUAUCUGUGGUAAACAUGGACAUUGUGUUAAUACAUUAGCCGGAUUCAAAUGCUCGUGUUCAUUUCUAUACGGUGGUCUUAUUUGUGAUAAAAUCUCAGAGCACGGCCAACAAAUUAUAAUUAGUUUUGUCAUUAUCGUGAUUCUAUCGGCAUUAUCAUUAAAACCAAUUCGUUGUAUAUUAUGGUUUAUGGUGAAAUCAUGUAUUAAAUGUUGUAAAAAAGUUCGUCUUAGUUGCAAUUCGACAAAAAUGAAAUUGAGUGAUGAUCGACAACAACUCGUAUCCAGCGACAGAUCAGACAACAAUUUCAAAUUAACCGAAGCAUCUUAUUUACAACAAACGAACGCAUUGUUUAACCAACAAGAACGUCGUCAGACAAUCGCUCAGGAAAUUAUAGCAUUUCUUUUACCAAGAACUCCAAAUCCUUUAUUGAAUCCAGUCAAACGUAAUCUUGUUCGUAGUAUUUGGGUUGGUUUCUUAAGUGUACUGCUCUUAUCGCUCUUAUUUGUAAUAACAACAUUAAUGUAUCUGAAGUCUUUUGUGUAUUACACAACUGAUGAAAAAGAAGGAGAAUUGUCAAUCAAUGAUACAAUUCGUUUAGUAAAACAAUGCGAAAGUAUAUCCGAUUAUCGACGAGGAAAUUUAAUAUUUUCGCCAUUUGCACUAACUUUAAUACUUAUUUUUUCUUGGUCAAUUAAACGAGAGAAAUGGGGUUUACAUAUGUGUGAUGGUCGACCUGGUUUGUUGGCACCGAUUGAACCCUUUCGAACAGGAAAUCGUUUCACGACAGCAACUGUUUUUGGAAUCAUUGCCUAUGAAGUGUUGAAAAUCUUCGAAGAACUACUUCUUAGUACUGGUCAACCAUUGCAUCAAGGUGUACUCUAUGAACUAUUAGAAAGAAUAGCAAUAGUCAUCCUUGUCGGACUUCGCUAUUAUCCGGUGCUUGCUUCCCUUCAAUUGAGAAAUAUUGUUGCUCGAUUUUUCGUGUGCUUAUAUAUACUCUGUGAUAUUGUAUAUACAAUUGUAAGAGAAGGAUCAUGUAUGGGUUUUCUACCAUUGGCAGGACAGUAUACAGCUUUUGAAGAAGCAAAACUUCGAAAAGAGCUUGGUACAUGGUUCAUUAUCUAUGGUUUAAUUAAGAAUAUUCCACAUUUCUUUUUUCUCUCGUAUAUUGGGGCUGAGUUAUGCGUGCGUUUUUUAUACGAUUCCAUCUACGUACCAAUAAAAAAGAAUGAAAGCAUUUGGUCAGCUCCGAUUGCACAAUUGGAAGAGUUAGAGUUUUCAAAAUAUUAUGUAACAAAAUUAUUUCGACGAAAUCGUCCUGUAGCUCGAAAAAUUCAUACACAAAAUACAAAUGUUGAUAAUCUUAUUGACUACGAACAUGAAUCAGGCGAAAAAAAUCAAUUUUCUGAAUCGCGUAUAAAGAAAUUUUUUGAUGCGUUUUAUUGUUGGGAUGAUGAUUUUCGUUUUACAACCAUUGCAACUUGUACUUAUACAGUAGCCAUUGUUUUUCUCUACUAUUUGGCAUGUACAUUCGUUUUUCUCUAUACUUCACGUACAUCCGGGCAUAUCUCAUUCAUAAGAUCUUACAUUGAAUAUUCGGCGAAUGUCGAAAUCAAUGAUGCAUUCACCUUGAAAGGUGAAAUAAUAGCGAGUGCGAUUCUUACCGCCAUUAUAUAUGGACUGCAGUUAUUUAUUGGAAUGCAAAAUUAUAAGAAACAUAAACUACAAUUGUACAAAGGCAUAUAUGUUGAUGUACCACCAGCAACAAAUUUUAAACGAAGUUCUAUAGCAUCGAAUUCUGUACAUUAUUCUGGUUUUCUGGUUGGAUAUAUGGCGUGGGGCUUUGUCAUCUGUUUUCAUUUGAUACUGGUAAUAUUGGUUGGCAUAAGAAUACUUACAUUUCAAAUUCGUCAAAUUGAAUUAGCAUUGGCUAUAAUUGUACCUGUACUUCUUAUCUACCUGUUAAAGAUGCUUAGUAUGACAUCAGCAGGAAAAUUUUUAUUCAUUCAAAAAUUGGAUAAUAAACUUAAUUUAAAAAGUCGAAAAACUUAUGCAAUCUUUGUGUAUUUUAGUUUUUUUGCUGAUUGUUUUCUUGGUAUUGCUUCAUGUAUUAUUCGAUUGAUUAAAGCAACAUUUCUUAAUGUAGUAUUUAUGGCUCGACUUGACUGGAGUUUUCUUGGACGACCAUUAGAAAAAUUCGAUCUUGGUUUUGCUGCUUAUGUUUCGUAUUUGCAUAUGGAAGUGACAUAUACAAAUCCUGUAAUGCUUGCCUUUUGUUAUUCGAUUUAUGAUGAUAUGAUACAAAAACGGCCGAAACAUUGUUACGAAGAUGAAUGUUGUAUUGCUCCAGCCGAACUUGAUGAUGACGAUGAAAUCGAAGCGCUGAGGCGCUAUCACCCACAAAAGAAUAGAUCACAAUUAACACAAAAUCGGCCACCAGUUACCUACAGAGGGUUGGGACAGAAGGCAGAUUCAAUACAAGAUAAUAUUGAUUCGAAUGGAGAUGAACAAGCACCUAAACGACUAUCAAAAAAAGAAACAAAAUCACAAAGUUCAUCCGCAGUAUCUUCGAAAGAAAAUCAAAAAGAAUUUCUUAAAAAACUCAAUAAGAAGUCAAGUAUUGACAAUGUAGAACAGCAUAGUCAUACUUCGAGUGUUACUCAAUCAAAUUCUCAACAUCUAUCACGAUUAAUGGCCAUUCCUCCAGUACCAGUUCGUGAGAAUCUCAUGAUUAAACAAGAAAAUGAGAGUGAAAACGAUAUUGAUGAUGAUGAGGAUGAGGAUGAAAGAACAUCAAAAUCGAAAUACAAAACGAAAGAAAACAAACAGAAAAAAUCAGUAAAAUCCGAAAUUCGAGAAGAUGAAGAUACUGAUCGAUCUAAACAAACAAAAACAAAAAAAUCAUCACAAAAAAUAAAGACGGAAGACGACGACGACAACGACGAUGAUGCAUAUGCUGGCACACCAAAAAAGCAACAAAUUAGCAAAAAGAAAAUUUCCAAUAAAUCGAAGAAAAACAUUUCUAAAUUAAGUAGUUCGAAAGAAGAUGAAGAUAGUGGACCUAGCGAUACAAAUCUGAAUACAAUCAAAAAGUUGGUUCCAACUAAACAAUUUACAGUACACAAUCCAAUGGUAAAAGAUGAUUCAUCAUCCGAUAACACUCUUGAUAGUAAUACACGCUCAUCUGAGCGUCCGCCAAAUACAACUUCAACAUCAUGUGAUACUACCGCCAGUCGAAGUGCACCAAAAAUAUCUAAUACUACUCAAACUCCUACAACUAAGAAACGUCCAUUGAAAUUUGAUCCGUGCCCAGUUUUAACAGAAGAUGUUGCUGUUCAAACAACUACGAUCUAUUCUCCACCGUCGUACAAUUUAGCAGCAGGAUCAUUUGAUUCGAUUCUUUUACGAACGAUUUCAUAUCGUGAAGCUCAACAGCGUACACCACCACUUACGCUACAUCGACCACAUUUAUCUACUGUGGAACGUCAUCAUCAGAGUACACAUGAUGAUUAUGAUAGUCAUUAUUCUGAAAUAGCCAAUGAUACUGUUCGAUCAACUGCUAGUAAUCGUUCUUAUUCGAAAAUUGAAUUAUCUACUAAUUCAACUCAGCAACAAAAACAAACUGAAGAAGAUACGGAUGUCGAAACAGACGAAGAAGAAGAAGAGGAGGAGGAGGAGGAGGAGGAGGAGGAAGAAGAAGAAGAAGAGCAGCAAUCUACUCUUUUAAAAUUAAAGCCAAGACCGUCACCUCAAAAAUCAGCAGCUCCUUCAACAACAGAUACUUCAUUGAAAUCAGAAAAAGAUGAAGACGCUGAAAUAGCUAGACGAAAAAAACGUUUACGUUUUCGUUGGCAUUUUCUCUAUACAAUUAUUAGAAAUUACCAUUUAUUUGAUUUAAGAAAAGAAAUACAAGGUCGGCUUGCUUAUUUACAUUCACAAAAUAGCACUAUUAUUGAUGAUCAACAACCCGUAACUACUACUGCAGGUGAAGAACCAGAAACAGUCAGAUCUAUACCAGAAUCUGCGGCGACAGUACGAGCAAUUGCAGGCGUCGAACCGUUGACAUCAGAUAUACCCACACCGAUGGAACGGCGAUCUACACCAGCUCAACGUGGCCUAUCUCUACCUCCGUCUGUAUCCAGUGACUAUCCACAAAGCCCAGCUGAAAGAUACAUUGCAAAUCGUGCACGAAUGCUAUACGAUGUAAAUGCUGAACAGUUGAGUGCACCUCGCGGCACAUCUCAAUCACCCACCAUAAUCUCAGCCUAUAAUCAACAACAACAACAACAACAACAACAGCAACGUUAUCAAAUGGCUACUACUUUAAGUGAUCAAAGUCUUGGCUUUCAUACUUCGCCUCAUGUUAUUGUUCAGCCACCGUCGGAAAGUACUAUGAAAUCAAGCGAGAAAACAGUAAAUAGUUAUCCUAUACGACCAAGACAGGAGCGCGGUCAUCUCACACCAUCACUAUUUCAACCUGUAUCUACUUCAAAUCAAUCGACAGCUGAUUAUCCACUUGCAGCUUCUUCAAUUACAGCUUCUCCGACAUUCUGUACACAAAUGAGUCAUGAUCAACAAAUGCACGCAUGGCGUCAAGGUCAAGUCGAAAAAAUCCAAAGACGACGACGACAUUGUUACAUUUAUGGUACACCAUCACAACAACCUAUAAUAGAUAGAGCUUCGACUGCUGCUAUUCUUACACCACAAAUUUUGUCUACUACAGCAAGACAACAACAAGCUCCACCAACAGCGGGAGGCGGGGGAACUUCACGAAAGCCAACUCAGUCACCAUUUCGAUUUCCAGUUAUACCAGAUGAUGUUCGUACUGCACCAUCGUCCACUAUCAGUGAUAUACAAGUAGAAACUAGUCAUCGAAAGACAAAACGAAAUCGUCGACAGAAAAAAGUUCCUAUUCCACCUAAACGUAUGGAUCGUCUCGAUGAAGAUAUGCGAGAAACAUCUCAUACACACAAAUCAUCAAAAGUAACAUCAGCAUUAAUUCAUCGAGGCGAUGACCAGAGUAGUACGUCUGAUGUUACAGAGGUUUAA